UUCCUUUGCUCCGUCGUCCCUACAACUUGAUAGUUCAUUACCACCGUAGAUGCCUUUUCCUCUCUUCUUGUUUUCUCAUUUCUUCUCGUUUCCCUAGUCCCUAAAUUUCAUGGAAACAAUCGAAGAAGCCAAAAACAUUGCGAAAACUUUUGUAAAACUUGAUUUGAAUCAGAAAUCCAGUUCCCAGCCUACUUAUUCUAAUACCUUCGUUAAAUCUGCGUCUCCCGAUUUGGAUCAGAAAUCCUGUUUCAAGCCUACUGCAUCUCAAUUCUCCCGAUUGGCCUUUGAGAGGAAGAAACCUCCAAAUUUAGUCAGUUUGUGCGUUGGGGUUAUUGGAAAGCAUUUGGAAGAUAUAAUUCCUGACUUAGAUGAGAUUAGUGCCAACUUUCCGUCAGAUGUGAAGCAAUCGAUAGCAGCAGUUGCACGAAGAAGAGAAUUACUGAACGAUGAUGUUAUUAUCUCCCUAGUAGAUAGUUCGUGGGAAACCCUGGAUGUUUCUGGUUCAGAAGUUUCUGAUUUUGGGUUAGCAGAAAUUGGCAAGACAUGCAAAUCUCUUAGAGCUGUGGAUAUUAGUCGAUGCAACAAGAUAACAGCUGCUGGUGUUUCUGAGCUGGUUCAGCAUUGUUGUUCCUUGGAAACCCUACGUUGCGGAGGGUGUCCGAGGAGUGAUGCCACGGCACGAAGGUCCUUGGAUAUUUUUAAACCAAGGCUGGAUGAUAUAGAAGGAGAUUCAUGGGAGGAGCUUGAUACAGCUGAAAUUGCCAAUGGGGCACAAUCCCUUCGGUGGUUGGUCUGGCCAAAAAUAGAUAAAGAUUCCUUGGAGAUUUUCUCCACAGAAUGCCCGCGCAUUACAAUAAACCCAAAGCCAUCCCCUUUCGGUUUCAGGGGGAAGCAGGUUCCAGGGGAAGCAUUGCCAAACAUUGCAUUAGACGAACACACCAUAGUUGAUAUUGAUCCCAAAACAUGGGCGGUGGGCAGAUCCACAGGAAGGGCCCCAAUUUCUCCAUCAAAUCCCUCAGAAUUGUCUUUAGCUGAGAAAUUCAGACUUGCAUUUGUGGAAAGGGACACUCGGUUAGCUCCGAAACGAGCUAAAAAUGCGAGGCAACAUCAAAGGCGUGCAGAGAGGGAGUGGAUGACGACGAGUACAAGAGCCAAGGCUCUGGCCUUGGCAUCUCAAGCAAGUAAAAGUUUGCAGAGUCGUACUUAGCUAUUAGCUACUACUGUUUCUCUUUAAGGUUUAUCAAUAACAUAAAUUCUAUACCAUUACGAGAUCGGGUUUAAAGAUUGAUAAAUGUAAUGUACCAUAGAAAAAGUAACUUCUAAAGUAUCUAGCUCUCUUUUUGAA